AUGAAUUAUAUUUUAUUAUUUAUUAUUUCAGAUUUACAAACAAUUAAUAUAACAUUACGUAUUCUUUAUCGAGCAAGAGCUGAACUUUUACCAAAAAGUUUUACAAAUUUAGGUUUAGAUUAUGAAGAACGUGUGUUACCAUCAAUUACUAAUGAAAUUUCAAAAUCUGUUGUAACGCAUUUAAGUUUUGGACCUGAAUUUACAAGCGCUGUUGAAUUAAAACAAGUUGCACAACAAGAUAUUGAAAAACAACGAUUUUUAGCUGAACAAAGUCGUCAAGCAAAUGUUAUUGCAGCAGAAGGUGUUGCUCGUACAGCUAAUUUGAUUGGCAAAGCUUUAGAUGAAGCUGGUGAUGAUAAAUUUUCGAAUGUCUUUCAUUAUCUUGUCUUACUUUUGUUUUAA